UUACAACGAACCUUGGUCUUGCAUGCGACUGGCGUCCACGCUCUAUCUUCCGAUCGCCCCUGCGUCUAGUAAAGAUAUGUGUCUGGAUUUCGGCCACUUACGCUCAGUUCUGAAUCUGUCUCGUAAAUUCCAUUUUCUAUCUUCGCGGCCAUCACCAUGUCCCUGACUCUUCUCACUCGUUCACCAUCAUCUAUAUUCGCACUCCUCAUCCUCUGGCGAUGUCGACACCUAAACACGACGUUCAUCCAGCACAAUGCAUAAUCAUCGGAGCGAGCUUAGAAGGUCUUCUGUGUGCCUAUCUGCUUCGACAAAUUGGACACAAUGUCGUCGUGGUCGAGAAGAACUCUGAAGACGUUCCGCGUGGUGUACGUGCUCCUCCAAAUGCUGCGCGUCUUCUGGUCCGUCUUCCUGGUGUAAAGUCUUUGCUCCAAAACAAGGGCACCACUGCUUCAGGGUUGGAAUAUAUUGAAGAACGUCUCGAUCAAUUGGACUCACCGAAUUUUUUGACCAACCAUCUACGCAACCUAUGUCGUCAAGCUGGGAUCGACAUCAGAUAUGAAGUAGACAUCGUUUCGUUCUCGACGUCGAAACUUGGCAGACCGAUUGUCACCUCCAAGACUGGGGAAACGAUAGAGGGAGACCUGGUUGUGGGGGCCGACGGUGACAGUGGGAUUAGCCGCACUUUUUUACCGGAGACGCUAUCCGAUGGUGACAGCAGUAGCAGCAGCACUGAUAGCGACGAAGAUUCCGAAAGUACUCUGCAACACACCGGAAUUCGCCAGGUAAUAGGUGCAACGUUCUGUAUCCCGGUCGCGUCUAUGCGUGCAGAUCCCAAGCUGGAAGGUUUAACGCGAUCGACUGCUAUUAAACUUUGGAUGAUUUCUGAUGGAAUGGUCUUGGGCGCAAUGCAUGGACCUGAGCUAUACAUCGUCGUAAUUAUGUCGCCCAGCAAGUCCGACAAUGUACAAUCCCAAGGAGAGAACGCCGAUAUUUUGGAGGCCUUUGCAGAUGUUCUUGGCCAAUGUGACUCAUUGGUUUUCCGGCUCCUGCGACUGGCAUCACACUGUCAUCGAGAACGACAGGUGGUUCCCAAAGUAGCUCCGCAUCUUGUUGAUACCACUCGGAACCUCGCCCUCAUUGGGGACGCGGGAAUACCCGGACCGUUUUAUGGAAUAUACUCCGAUUGUUUGGCGAUCGAGAGUGCCUUUACUCUACCUCAUCUGUUCUCCAGGCUCUCGUCUGUGGAGCAGAUUCCACUUCUUCUGGACGGCUAUCAGAAGAUACGAACGCCUCGUAAUCUAGGCUCUUUAUCCUCGGAGCUGGAGGCUGCGGCCCUCAUGUCUUUACCGCCUAGUGCCGAACGUGAUCAACGUGAUGAGGCGCUGGCCUUAGCACUUGAUCAAGAAGACGAGGCAUCAGCCAAAGUUUGGGCGGCGACGUUGAUACAGUUUAAUUAUGAUGCGAUAGAGGCUGUAGAUGAAUGGUGGAUUGAGUGGGGGAAAUUCGUUAUGGAUGGCAAAGGUGCAUGAUCAUUAUUCUACAUAGUACGUGGUGCGGUUAUUGCUGUCCUUUCGUUUCAGAUUUCUUGGCUAUUCUAAACCAUCGAUGUGACGGGUCACUACACCUCGGGCAUUGACUUAACCUCUUUCGUUAGUCCGAAAGCAACUUCCAGAUUCGAUACUAUCGGCAAUCAGUCUGGCUGGAUACCGAUUCAACAUUAUUGUUAUUUAAUCGUGUCGCUAGUUCUGUCCUAUUCCCGCAGCGCUAGAGCCUGGUGCCAAGUUGGAUAGCAAAUUAUCUUGUCUUGUUGACUUGCUCCUAUCAAAGCCCUGAGAUAACUUGUGUUGGUAGUUGGGACUUCAUAACAGGCGUUUGCACACAGUUUGA